UUCAUUCAUCUCAUUCCAAUCCAAUCAUUCCUUUUGAUUUUUUGAUGAAACGUCGUCGAUUUUUCGAUCCAAUUCGAAUUUAAUUUUAUUUAUUCUUCUAUCUUAGUUGUUGUGAUAUAAUUAAUAAACUGGGACGGAGAGCUGACAAUGUCCUUGUUCCGCAAACCGAAAAAGAUCCACCAGAGGCGUAUGUUUACCGCCGAUGAUGAUGAAGAUGGUGAUCCUGAGCCACCACCGCCGCCAGUCAUCAGUCAUAAAAAGGAAAACAAACCGAUUAAGCCCACAAACACUCCCUUGUUGAGUUUUGCUGACGAGGAAGAGGAAGGCGAGGAGUUCAAAGUGAAGAAGUCGUCACAGAGCAAGCGACUGGCCAAGCGGCGGGAGAAAGAGAGGGAGAAACGCCGGCCCCCGGACGGUGAUAGUAAUAAAUAUGACAAUAAUGGUGAUGAGGACAAACCCAACGAUAUCGACCAAUCAGACAAGCCGAAGCCGAAAAAGAAAGUGACUUUAGAGGGGUUGAUUCUCUCCGGUCGGGAGGCGUUAGCUGCCGACGGGGCCGGGGAUUUGUCCGAAGAUAGCGCGAAUGAGGAAGAAGAGGAUAGUAGGGGAUUUCACCAGUACCGCGCGGAUUCCGUGCGGGCGGCCUUGGCUGUGGCGCCCGGACUCAUACCGGACGCCGCGCUCAUCCACGCGGCGCGCAAGACGCGACAGCAGGCUCGCGAGCUUGGAGACUUUGUGCCGAUACAGAAUGAGCCGUCGACCGGAGGCUCCAGGUUGAUCCGGGAGGAUGGCUCCGGGGAUGAAGAGGAGGAAGGUAGGCUCAUCGUCAGGGGGUUGGAGCUGCCCAGCGACAAGCCUAAACGUGGCACGGCUGCUGCAGCUUCAGAAGAGGAGCUGGACAGUGAGGCUGAGGAGUGGGUGGAGCAGCAGAUGCAGAAGGCAAUGCCUGCUAUUGCUGAUAUCACAGGCGAGUUAGCCGCGGAUCUGAACCCGUUCGCCGCGCCGCCGCCGCCGGCGCGCGCGCAGCCGUUAGCGCAGCACCUGCGGCCUCUACAGGCUGACAUGCGCAACCCCACCACUGUCUCGGAACUAAUUAGGGCUCUCAGAGAAAGACUGGAAGAGCAGCAGACACAACGCGACAAGACGUGGCAGCGGCGGUCGCAGACGCGCGACGCGCUGCAGCGCGCGGCGCGCGAGCGCUCAGCGCGCGCCGCGCGCACGCGCGCGCUCGACGCCGCCUACCGCCGCGCGCAGGCCGCGCGCGGGUAUCUCACCGACCUCGUCGAGUGUCUGGACGAGAAGAUGCCGCAGCUGGAGGCGCUGGAGGCGCGCGCGCUGGCGAUGCACAGGCGCCGCUGUGAGUUCAUCAUGGAGCGGCGGCGCGCGGACGUCAGGGAUCAGGCGCAGGAUGUACUCACUCUGGCUGCUCGGCCCGGCGCCGCGAAGCCGAUAGACUCCGAAGAGAAGAUCCGGCGCUGUGCGGAGCGCGAGGGGCGGCGGCGCGCGCGCAGACUGCGGCGCGACGCGGCGGCGGCGGCGGCCGGCGCUGCGGCGCGACACCGAGACGGGGACUCCAGCGACGACGAGCUGCCGCCCGCCGAGCUGCAGCACUACACGCAGGAGAGAGAGACGAUCCGUCAACUGUCUAGGGCGGUGUUCGCGGACGCGCUGGCGGCGUGGCGCGGCGCGCGCGGCGUGUGCGCGCGCGUGUCGCGCUGGCGCCGUCGCGAGCCCGCGCUGUACGCCGACGUCAGUGUGGCCUCCUGUCUGCCCGCGCUGCUGGCGCCCUACGUCAGGCAUCAGUUAAUAUUGUGGAAUCCGCUAGCUGACGAAGACAAUGAGGACUACGAGAGAAUGGACUGGUACAAAUGUGUGAUGAUGUACGGCGUUCGACACGAGCGGCUGUCGGAUUCAGACGAGUCGGACUCCGAGACGGAGGGCGAAGCGCCCGCCGUCAGCGAGGACUCCGUUAGAGAAGACCCCGACCUGAUGCUGGCACCCACAUUGGUGGCCAAAGUGGUGCUGCCCAAACUCACGGAGCUGGUGGAGCAGGCGUGGGACCCGAUGUGCGUGCGCGCGUGCGUGCGACUGCGGCAGCUCAUAGUGCGCUGCGCGGCCUUGCCCGCGACCUCGCCCGCGGUCGCGCGCCUCGCCGUCGCCGCGCACGCGCGUCUCGCGGCCGCGCUCGCCGCCGACGUCUUCCUGCCCGCCGUGCCGCCGCAUAUAAUGGAGGGCGCGGGCGGACCGUUCUGGCGCCGCAGCCUCGGCGCGGGCGCGCGGCUGCUGCGCGCGGCGCUGGCGCUGUGUGCGCCGCCGUCGCUGCUGCGCGCCGACGGCAUUGUACUCGCGCUUAUAGAGACGUUAAGUUGCGCGGCGGGCGCGGCGCCCGGGCCGCAGGCGGCGGAGGCGGCGGCCGCGCUCGCGGCCUCACUGCCGCGCUCCGGCGCGCUGCGCGCCGUUGCGCUCCGCAGGCUCGCGGCGCUGGCCACGCUCGCGCUCUCCAGGCUGCAGACCGAUAAUCCUAUGCACUUGAAAGCGCUGGAACAGGCGAGAGCGGUGAUAGCAGAAGCCAAAGCGAUGGAAUGACGUACGUUACGAAUUUGCAAGGACCAUUACCAAAACUACCACUCUUAUGAACUCCUUAUUUGCGAAGCGAAACGCCGAUCUAUCCAUACCGUCAUCAGAGGACACGACAGACAUCUUUAUGUAUUCACUUCGCUCAAAUAGCGAAAAGGAAUUAUAUUGAAACGAGGAAAAAUGAGCGUUAAUAUCUUUUGUCCUUUUUCGUGUUCCUACUUUCAAAUCAAAAUGAAAAAAUAUUUCCCUUAAAUAGGUUACAAUUUGAUAUACAUGGCAUUUACAAGGAAAACCUACUUGUAUUGGAUAGUCUUAUCUCAUGUGGCUAUGGCUAGGCUCACGUCGGUUUUUUUUAUUUGAUAAAUUCAAUUUGUGUCUGUAAUCAACAUAGAAGAAAGAAUGCAUUUCACAGUAUAUUUUAGAUUAAAUUCUUCACAAACAAGAUAGCAACAAUGCCUUUAUUAGAAUACAGUAAUUCCAAAUAUCGUGUGAAAAUUUAUAGAAAUAAUAGUUGUAGGUUUUUUCUUUAAUUAGGUUUACCAUACUGUUUAUGAAGAAUAGAAAAUAAAUGUACGUGCUGUCAACUAGAAACACAGUUAAAUUUAAAGAAUGUUUUAUCUCGUUCUGUUCAUGUAAAUAUUGUAAAGUGUGAUAGUGACAGAUCAUAUUUUUAGCUUAGUGUGCUUUAACUUUUAUAUGAAUGAAGAGGUUAGGUCUUUAUCAACCAAUCUAGAUCGUAGUUCGUUAAAAAUCUGUUUUCUAUUCUUUAUAGACACUAUUGUAUAUUUGAAUUGUAUUCUCUACACCAAGAAGUUUUUCAUGAUAGCACACAUGUAUUUGAAACAAUUUGGCUAAAGUUGUGAGCAAAAAAUAUUUAUAAUGUGGUCUUCCAUCGUUUAAAACUAAUGUCGAAAUGUAUGAUGCUGCAAAGGAAGAGAUAAGGCUCUCUGCAGGACGAUACGAAAGUCGUCUCUUGAACCACCCGGGCACAAGAACACAGAUAUUGAAAAGGGCUGCGACUACAUGGGAGCGGCUCCGACCGACAUAGCCUCUGUCAUAAAUAAUAAUAAUAAUGUAACUACAAAGACAUCAUGUAUGAGACAACUAAUGUUAUAAAUGCGAAAGUAAGUUUGUCACCUCUUCACGCUCGAUCUACUCAACCAAUCUUCUUGAAAUUUUGCAUAGAUGUAGUUUGAUGUAUGGAGAAGAACGUAGGGUACCUUUCAUCACGGAAAAUCAACGUUGGCGAAGCCACGGGCAAAUGCUAAUAAUAAAAUAACAUUCAUAUGUGAUUAUUAUCUUUGGAAAGUGGUUGACCUUUUUUCAAUUAUUACAUUAACAUAUACUUCUAUGGCAUAUAAUAUAAGCUGCAAUAUAAUGUUAUCCCUUUCCAAGUAAGUUAUCUGACAACACGAAGGAAGUUAGAUGGAUUGUAACAUUUUACAUUGAAUUUAAUUUUCCCAGUUAUGUAAUUAAACGAUAAACAAAAACAGA